AUGGGGCAAAUUGUGAAGGAUCUUGUUCAUCCCUCUAUCCAAGAACAACUGCUUAUGAAGCAGAUGUUGAUGUGUAUUCGAAGAUGGAAGGCUAAUCCUACUCCUAAUAGUUCUCAUUUUCUUUUUAAGGAAAAAUUGCUUUCCCGUGUCUUACAUCCGGCUGAAGAGCUCAGGGUUCUCGGUAUUUGUGAGAACAAGAUGAGAGGUAGUAUUUGUGAUGAGAUGAGCAGUAGUGCUGCCUUGGCUCUUGACGUUGUCGCCUGCGGGUAG